CUUCAAAGUGGAAUGCCAGCUCAGAAGGUUUCCUAAACGGGAGACUUCCGCUUACAGGUGCUCCCUUAUGCUGGUUUCACCUGGGAGGAGACUCUGGGCGUGCAACGGGUGUGAGUGGGCAUCAGUGUGCUGCAAGGUGGUGACCAGGAGCUGGGGAGGAAGACCGGUUAACUAGUCCCUUCCCAACAAUCACCCCACCACUUGCUAACUGGUAGAGCUCUGGGUCUCCAGUGCUGGAGGAGAAAAAUGAGCGAUUCUCCGGAGCCCAAGAUGCUUGGAAAACAAAAUCUGACGAACUUGCAGAUGCAGUUGCAAAUCAUUGAGUUAAAUGUUGGGGGGGAGAUCUUCACAACCAUGCUGAGCACCUUGAAGAAGCAUCCGAGUUCCAAAUUGGCUGAGAUGUUUGCCGGGGGACAGGCCAAGCCACGAACAGAUUCGGCGGGGAGAUACUUCAUAGACCGACCUGGGACUUAUUUUAAAUACAUCCUUGAGUAUCUGCGCAGCGACCAAGUUCCCUUGCAAAACGUUGAGGAGGUUUACAAGGAAGCCAUCUACUAUGACAUCAAGCCUCUGAUCAAGCAACUGGAGGAAUCCCCUCAAAUCUUUGGUGAGCUGGUGGCCAGGAAGCAAUUUCUUGCCCGGGUGCCCAACUAUUCUGAAAACAUCGAGCUGAUGAUUCGAAUCGCCCGGGCAGAAGCUGUGGCCUCCCGCCAAUCCAGCGUCAUGCUAUGCGUGGUGAAGACUCUGGAGGACGUGGCCAAGUGCAGUGAUGCUCUCAACAGCUUAGACACCUCCAAGAAGUCAGUGGUCCAGUUUGGCCCCUGGAAAGCUGCACCAAGCAUUCUGGACCUCUUGGACUGCAUCAAGAUGGACAUCGAAGCCAAGGAUUACAAGGCUUCUUUCCAGGUCUACGUUCCAGAAAAAGGCUUUCGCUUCAAAUCCAGUGACUUCUUCUACAAAUUUUUGUUCCAUUGGUGGUAGCCAAAAGCCAGCGACUUACAAGUCUUUGAGAUCAACAAGGUCACUUUUGUAGUUUUCCUAGCACUAGCAUACCUGGGCUACGCAAACCAGAUGAUCACUCCAGAUGUCUGCUGGAUUUGUGCAGCCCAGAGAUCUAGGAUCUCCAAGCUUUGCUCCAAGUCUGGAGUUGGCAGAUUUUUUGAAUCCGUGGGGACAUUUGGAAUUUGGUGGGCAUUCUCACAAAAUAGGGAACAGGCAAAAGUGGGAGGAUAAGGGUUUACCUGGUCAGAAGAUCUGCCUAAGUUGGUGUAGUCAGUUCCCAAACAUCCUGUUUUCAGAGGAAGCCUGGUCAGGUUCCUCCAUUAUCUGUUCUACCUCCCCAGGUGCCAGCUCUUCAAGGUAGUCCAGGUCAAGAAACACACACCACAGGAAUGCUACUUUAUUGUUGCAGGAUACAACAACAGAAUCUUGAAAGCCUGCACAACUUUCUCUCUGUCCCCUCCUACAGUAAGCAAAAUCAAGGUGAGGUUAUUUUGAGUUUCUGUCCACGCUUCCUUCUCUUUCAGGACGAUGGAAUCUCUUCUCCAAGUCCCUCUUAAGCUUCUUUCAUACCUUCCCCAAGAUCAUCUCUAAACUGCUUUGCACCUGGGGGCUCUUCAGUUUAUCCAUGCUUUUUCCCCUCCAGGCAGAGAAGAGCAACAAGAAUGAUCAAGUAGGGGUGACAGCUCUAAGUGCAAGACUGGAGGUACCACAAGGGGCAGCAAAGAGGAACUGACCAUUCUAACUUUUUGCCAUCCUCUUAGUGAUCCUCCAGAUUUCUGCAACCCAGAUCAAAUUGCCCUACAUCAAAAUACUGAAAAUGAAGUUCUAUAAGGAGAGAUUGAAGGAAAUGGGUAGUUACAGCAGGGUUCCUCAACCUCAGCAACUUUAAGAUGGGUGGACUU